AUGGUGUCCAAAGUAAAGAAAGGUUUAAAACAAUUACAGCGUAAAAAGGCCGAGGGUAUAGACGGACUACCUUCCUGGUUACUGAAAGACUGCAAAGAUGUUAUAGAGGAACAACUUGCGCAUCUAAUUAACAUGUCAUUGCAAACAAAUACUUAUCCCAGUGACUGGAAACAUUCAAAAGUUUCUGCCCUUUUUAAGGCAGGUAUCACGAGUCACAUUAAUAACCAUCGAUCAAUUUCUAGAAGGUCUACAGAGCUUGCCAGUACAUUUGACACUGAUUCGAUAAGAAAAAUUGACGAAGAAAUGGUGGUUUGGACAAUUUCUGGACUAAACCAAGCAUUUAAAAUGUUGAGUCAUUCAAAACUCGUAUCCAAAUUAUCUUGCUGUGGUAGAUUUCUGAAAAAGAAUGGUUCACACAUUAUUUAUUUAUGCGAAUUCAACUUGUAUAAAACAAUAACGUUCUAUCAGAAGCUCUCUUCAUAA